GAGCGGGGCGGGGAGGCUGCGGGGCGGCCAUCCGGGCACCAUGGCGGCGGAGGAGCUGGCGGAGAGGCUGGGCCGGCGUUUGGGGAUGCACGAAGGAGAAACGGAGCAGCAGAGGCGGCACGAAGCGGAGCAGGGACCGGGAUCGGCACCGGGACCGGGACCCGCACCGGGAGCGCUGCCCCCGGGCAGCCCCGCGGGGAGGGCGGGGGGCUCCGAGGGGUCCCCCGGGGGGGGGCGCCGCCUUUUCAGCCCCGCCGCGGAGUUCCGCGAGUUCUCCCGGAGGCAGCUCCGCGACAUGGAGCGGCUCUUCCGACAGUACGACGCGGGGAGGGACGGCUUCAUCGACCUGAUGGAGCUGAAGCUGAUGAUGGAGAAGCUGGGAGCGCCGCAGACGCACAUCGGCCUGAAGAACAUGAUCAAGGAGGUGGACGAGGACCUGGACAGCAAGCUGAGCUUCCGCGAGUUCCUGCUGAUCUUCCGCAAGGCGGCGGCAGGCGAGCUGCAGGAGGACAGCGGGCUGCACGCCCUGGCCCGGCUCUCCGAGAUCGACGUCUCGACGGAGGGCGUGAAGGGAGCCAAGAGCUUUUUUGAGGCCAAGGCGCAGGCCAUGACCGAGGCCAGCCGCUUCGAGGAGGAGAUCAGAGCAGAGCAGGAAGAGAAGAAGAAGCAGGCGGAGGAGCUGAAGCAGAGGAAGGCGGCCUUCAAGGAGCUGCAGUCUGCCUUCGCACAGUGACCGCGGGUCCGCGCCGUGCCGGAGGGACGUGGCGGUGCUGGGGGGGCCUCGUGCAGGAGGAUCCAUGCCUGGCUGUCCCCUGCUGUCCCCUGCCAGCCCCUGUCCCCCGAGCGGCGCUCGUCCCCUGGGUGUCGUCGUGUCUUGCAUGCGCCGUGAUUUGGGCCGGGCUGGGGGCUGUGCCGCGGGUCGGUGCCCGUCGGCGUCGCUGCGUGUGCGGCACGCCGGUGGCACCGGGAGCGUGGCGAGCCCCCGGGGCCGACCUCUGUGGCAGCGGGGCGAGGGCCGGCGGAGUCGUUGUCUGCGUGUUCGGUGUCGCUGUAUCCUCUGUGCGAAGCGGGCGAGCGCCUGCCCCGCCGUGACCCUCAGGGUCAGAGCGGAGGCGGCCUCGUGUCCUCUCAGAUUCUGUUUAUUUUGGUAAAAGAUGUCCAGAAAGGCCCCCGCAGGGUGGAGAAGCUUUAUUUUUUUUUUUGUGUUCGUCUUCUAAGCAGCCCAAAGGGAAGGCGCUCCAGCGAGCGGUGCCUCCUGUAGCUCGACCGCUGUUCCUUUGGGGAAGGGUUGUCCAGGUGGCCGUAAUGUCAAGGGCGGUGUUUGUCUCAGCUGCUCCUUCCAGUCCGUGGCACGGGUGUGUGUUGUGUCUUUUUUUUUUUUUUUUAAAUCCCAAAUAAAGAUUAUAUUUCCUAA